AUGGAUUUGCUCAUUAGCCUGGGCUUCCAGGUCAAUAGAGAGAAGUCUAUUAUAGAACCUACACAGGUCAUUUGUCAUUUGGGUUAUAUCAUUGAUUCAAUCCAAUUCAAAGUAUUUUUACCAGACGAUAAAGUUGAAAAAAUUUUAGGGAAGUGUCAGCAGGUUCUGUCUACUCAUGAUGUCUCUAUAAGGCUGCUAGCCUCUCUCAUUGGAUGUUUUACCUCAUCAUUUAAAGCCAUUCCUUUAGGACCUCUUUAUUAUCGCUCGUUAGAGGCAGACAAGUUAAGGGGUCUUGCGGGUUCUGUGGACGAGUAUGAUGGGGUCGUGGCCCUUAGUUCAGAUAGCAUUGCAGAGAUUACUUGGUGGCAAGAGAAUCUAGUUAUGUCCAAUGGUAAACUCAUAAGACAGCCUAAUCCUGACUGUAUUUUGACCACCGAUUCCUCACUGGAGGGGUGGGGAGCUGUGCUAGGCACCAGGGAGGUAAAUGGUCUCUGGUCUUUACAGGAGGCUACAGAACACAUCAAUUAUCUCGAGUUGAAAGCAAUUCAGUUAUCUCUGCAUGCUUUCUGUAAAGAGUGGUCUUCUGUUCAGAUUAUGGUUCAGAGUGAUAAUACUACUGCAGUGGCUUACAUUAACAAUAUGGGUGGUACAGUAGAUAAACUAAACUGUUUAGCAAAAGAUAUCUGGUUGUGGUGUCAUGGGCGGGACAUCUUUGUCUCCGCGAAGUAUUUACCUGGUAUUGAGAAUGUUCAGGCUGAUGCAUUAUCUCGGAAGUUCUCGGUACAGACAGAAUGGAGUUUAGACCCAAGUAUUUUUCAAAGGACUUGCUUGCAGUUUUUCCUACCUGACAUUGAUUUGUUCGCCUCAAGAUUAAAUCACAAGUUGGACAGAUUUGUGUCUUGGGGGCCAGACCCUAUGUCUGAGAAUGUGGAUGCUUUUACUAUAACUUGGGAGGGUCUCGAGCCAUAUUUGUUUCCUCCAUUUUGUCUGAUACCUAGGGUACUUCGGAAAGUUAUUAAUGAUCAAGUCAAAAGAGCAAUUAUAAUUGUACCUAAUUGGAAUUCUCAGCACUGGUUUCCUAUGUUGCUUGAUUUGUUGGUGGAUACACCAGCCAGACUACCACAUUGGCAAGAUUUAAUCACACUACCUCACAAUGGCCGUCACCAUUAUCUUUUCAGGACACUGAACCUGACCGCAUGCGUCAUCUCAGGGCAGCCCUCCAUCAUAGAGGCUUAUCAGAAGAGGCUACCGAUGUGGCGCUCCACUCAUGGCGACGAGGAACUGCAAAGGCUUAUAACUUGGCGUGGCAGAACUGGAGAGUUUGGUGUGGUGAACGGAAAAUUAAUUCUAAUAACCCGACUGAGGAGAUGA